AUGGAUGGCGAUGAUGAGCCCGUUUCGGGAAUGGAAUUUAAUUCAUUAGAAGAUUUAAUGAAUUAUUAUAAGGAAUAUGGCAAAAAACGCGGGUUUGGGGUGAUGACAAAAAGGAGUGAGAGGGGAGAGGAUGAGACUGUGAGAUAUGUCACUCUUGCCUGUGCCCGUGGAGGGAAGGCCCGGAAUAGGACUAUAAAUGUCGCCAACCCACGUCCGACAGGAAAGACGGAAUGUAAGGCAAAAAUUAAUGCAUUAAAAGUUGCUGACGGAAAGUUUCGGCUGACUACAGUUCACAAUCUCCACAACCACGGCCUCAGUCCAAAGAAAUCUCGGUUCUUUCGAUGUAAUCGAGAAGUGAGUGAAUCUGUUAAAAGGGUCCUAGAUACAAAUGAUUUGGCCGGCAUCCGAAUGAAUAAAAGUUUUGGGUCUCUUGUUGUUGGCGCGGGUGGUUUUGAGAACCUCCCGUUUUUGGAAAAGGAUUGUCGUAACUACAUCGACAAGGCACGACAUCUACGAUUGGGCGCUGGUGGUGCUGGAGCGCUUCGAGACUACUUUCUACGAAUGCAGUACAAAAAUCCGGGGUUCUUUGCACUAAUGGAUUUGGAUGAUGAAGGGAGGUUAAAAAAUGUUUUUUGGGCAGACCCCCGUAGUAGAGCAGCUUACCAAUAUUUCGGGGAUGUCUGUAUGGAUGGUAUAGCACCGAAGGCUAUUAUUACUGACCAAGACAGAGCCAUGAAAAAUGCAAUUAAGAUUGUUUUCCCAGAAAGCCGACAUAGAUUUUGCUUGUGGCAUAUCCUUAAGAAAGUCCCUGAAAAGCUUGGCUGUUAUGGUUCUUACAAAGAGUUUAUACGCUGA